GUUCCAGACAGCCUCUCCGAAGCCCGACGUUCCCGGUAUUUAGUUGAGAGAGGAGAUAGGUGAUAUAGUACCGACAAUCUUCAACCCUACAACUCUACUUGCCCUCUCCAAGCACUCCACCUUUCUCAGCGAUCAGCUCAGUUCUAACUUACUAGGUAGUAGUAUACUGAAAACAUGGCAAGCAUCACUUCCGCCAUUAAUACGGAGAAGUGGGGUAAGGAGACAGAGAAGCAUUUCGGCGCUAUCUACGACGGAGUAUGGGACAGGGACAUGUAUGUGGACGAUAUCCCAUGGGAAAACGGUCGGUUCCGUGAGCUACUAGAGAAUUAUAGCAAGAUACCUCCAAGCGAGGUCGAGGCGGAGAUUUCCCGGAUUCGGGACAAGGCUUGGAACGUCGCAAAGUACCCAUGCAUCGGUUUUUUCGCCUACCUACGUCUUAACGAAUUCGACGAUAGCGAACCGGAGAUGCAUAAGGCCGUCGAGAGGCUCAAAGCCCCUGGUUCGAAAGACGCGUUCCUUGAGAUUGGCGGCUUCAUAUGCCACACGAUACGAUGGCUCACCUACAUAGGGGUCGACUCGGAGCGCCUGUACGGGACGGACUUACAUGACGAGUUCCUCGAGCUAGGCUACAAGCAGUUCCGCGACCGCUCGACGUCGAAAGCUACCUUCGUCGCGGGGGACAUACUGCUCCCGGACGAGGAGUAUGCAGCAAGUCCCCUGGCGCAGACGUUCAACGGGAAGAUGUCCGUGAUCCACGCAUCCAACUUCUUCCACCUGUUUAGCUGGGAGUCGCAGCUGGUCAUCUGCGAGCGCAUCGUGCGCUUUUUCAAACCCGGUCUAGGCGCGGCAGGCGACCCAGCCGUGCUGUUCGGGUACCAUAGAUGCAGCGAUAGUCCAGGAGAGACGGACAAGUUCAGAAUAUACUUGCAUAGCGAGGCGACGUUCCAGUCGCUGUGGGACGAGGUGGGAAAGAGGACGGCUACGUCUUGGAAGGUGACCAUGGAGCCGCUGCCGAUACCCAUUCUAACGUCACAUGUCUUCGGCAGAGAAGCGAAGGCGAUGCGUUACGUUGUGAGACAAGUCGUAGUCGGUUAAGUUUAGGGGGGUCAGGGGUGAAAUAUAGGGUAACGAAGCCACAUGUACUACCUAAAUACUAAAUGGGUCAUAUCGCAACGUUUCUCAUCCAAUAUAGAAGUCUACAGCUGAAGAAUCAGAUAUCAUCGUACGAG